AUGGUUGCUUCGAUUAAGACACCGGCCAUCCUGGCUGCGAUUGCUCUUUCUGUGCUCGCUGGAGCAAAUGCUGCUGCCCUACAUCAUAAACCCGCUCUGGCGCGUCGGGGUUGUCCUGAUUAUACUGAUUAUUCCCAAUCUCCCCAUGCUCCCUACAGCAAUGGACCGCUCCACCUUCCUUUUCAGCGUCCAACACAAGAGUGCCGGACCUUUGUGUCGAAAGCUGUAGAAAAGGUCAUCUCCGAGGUGACUUCACGACUUGUGGAUCCAGAUCUCGCUAUGUUGUUCACAAACGCGCUACCAAACACAUUGGAUACCACAGUCGCGUGGCACGUCCCUGCCUCUUCCAGCUCGGUGCAAAAACGAGCAUCUGACGCGAUAUGGCCAGGAGCUCAGUCUUUUAUCAUCACUGGCGAUAUUAACGCAGAGUGGCUGCGCGACAGUGUGAACCAGGUCAUGAAUUAUCAGACUCUAGCAAAAUCCGACGCAGCUCUCUAUCAGUUGAUCCUUGGUGCCAUCAACACCCAGUCGGAGUUUAUCAUCAAAUAUCCAUAUUGUGGAGCGUUCCAGCCACCACCUCCUAGCGGUCUUGCGCCGAGCAACAGUGCCCAGAUGGAUUUUGUCACUCCAGUAUAUGACAAUACAUUUGUUUUCGAGUGCAAGUACGAACUUGACUCAUUGGCAGCAUUUCUUUCCCUCGGAAACCAGUUUUACAAUGCGACUGGAUCUACUGAAUAUCUGUCAGACCAAUGGUACACAGCGUUGGAUACCGUUCUGCAGACGUUGGAUGAGGAAGCGAAACCCACAUUCGACAGCAACGGGCAAUAUGUCCCCAAUGCCUACACAUGGCAACGACAGACCACCUUGGGGACGGAAACCCUCUCUCUCGCCGGUGAAGGAAAUCCAUUGAAUAGAAAUAUCGGUCUUAUCCGUAGUGCCUUCCGUCCUAGUGACGAUGCAACUAUUUUUGGAUAUCUCAUUCCAGCUAACGCCAUGAUGUCAGUCCAGUUGGGAAGGACUGCCGAUACUCUUGAAGCAGUCGGUGGAAACAAGACGCUCAUUUACGACUUGCGUACGCGAUCGACAAAACUUCACCAGGCUGUUUUAGAAUAUGGAGUUUUCGAGCACCCGACGUACGGCAAGGUGUUUGCUUUUGAGGUGGAUGGAUACGGAGGCCGCAAUGUCAUGGACGAUGCCAACGUCCCCUCUUUGCUAGCUCUUCCCUACCUGGGCUUCUUGGAUGUGAACGACGAAACGUACCAAAACACUCGCAAAAUGGUUCUGAACGCCCAUGGCAACCCCUACUAUUUGAACGGGUCAGCUUUCCAUGGUAUUGGUGGACCCCAUGAGGGCUUAAAAACCGCAUGGCCAAUGUCGCUCCUCAUUCAAGCCCAAACAACAGACAACGAUACCGAGAUCAUGGAAUGCAUCAACCUCGUGGUCAACUCGAGUCGUCUGGGGCUGAUUCACGAAUCCAUCAACGUCAACAACAUCACUGACUAUACAAGGUCGUGGUUCGCGUGGGCGAACUCCUUGUUCUCGCAGACCAUUCUCAAGCUUGCAGAAGAGAAACCGUAUUUGAUUUUCAAUGACAAUACUCCUUAUGUUCCUACGUAG